UGAUCUGGAGCAAAGCGUAAAUUUGUGUGACUGUUAGUAUUGACAGAAAAGCGAUUAUUCUCGAACGUCUUACACUUCAGAUUGUAGCAUUAAUUAAUCUAUUCAAAAUUAAAUAUCUAUAAUAACCAUCCAACGUCCAAUAGUUUUAAAUAUAAAGUUUCAUCAGUAUCAGAGCAUUUGACAAAAGAAAAAAAAUGCCGCAUAGAUUAAUGACGGAAGAGUAUUUUCGUCAAAAAAGUACUGCAGUUUAUAUUAUACAUUUAGUAGAUUAUUUGAAUAAAAAUAAAAUUACACAAGAAAAUUUAGAUAAUAAAGAUAUUUUGAAGGAUAUAAUAUGCAAAGGAAUGGGAAAGAAAAUACCCCUUACGACAAAAGAUAUUAAUGCCUUGAAAGAAACUCUUUGUUUUUUUAAAAUUGAUGAAUUGAAGAAAACUAAUCUAUAUCGAAUAAAUCGUGGUAUAUUGGCCGUCGCUUGUGUUGAACAUGUCUUAUACCCUGAUAAAGAUCAUAAAAAAUAUAAACAAAUAUAUGACUGCAGCAAUAAUCAGGCAGCCAAACUGUAUAAAAAACUGCGUGAACAUUGUGGUUUCACAACAGAAGAAGAACUCGACCUUGUUAUAGUUAAAUCAACUAGAUCUUUUUUUAAAAUCGGCUUGUUUUUUAAUAAAAAGACAUCUCUAGAAACAGUUCGAUCUUAUUUGAAAACUGUUGACCUUAAUGUAGAAGAAAAGCACUACAUAAUGAAUGCGUCGAUUCAAUUUAUAAAUAAUAAUAAAACUUUUAAAACUGUUAACAAUGUUCCAUUGCAAAUAAAUAUUAUGAAUCGAGAAUAUUUUCAAAAAAAACCUAUGGCAGAUGCUAUUAUUAAUUUGGUGAAUUAUUUAGAGAACAAAGAAGUAAAAGAAGAAGAUUUAGAGAACGAAAAAAUUUUAAUAGAUAUACUACGCGAGGGAAUGAAAAAAUUCCCCAACAGACGACCUUUAAAAUUACAAUUAGAAGAGUUUAAAAAAGCGAUUCUUAAUUUUACAAUUGAAUACUUGACAGUAACUAAUCUUUAUCGAAUAAAUCGUGGGAUAUUAACUGUCGUAUGCGUUGAAUAUGUUCUUUUUCCUGGACAAGAUUAUGAAGAGUAUGGAAAGAUUUAUGUAGGCAAUUGCUUUAAGAUCACCGCAUUAUAUAAAAAACUCUGUGGUAUUCCUAUAGAAGAGAAAGUCAAUGAAGCCUUAGUUAAAUCGGCUAGAUCUUUUUUUCAGUGUAAAAAAAGAAAUCUGGAAACGAUUCGUUUAUAUUUACAAAAUAUCGAUAUUGAUUCUGAGGAGAUCGAAUAUAUAAAAAAUGCGUCGAUUCAAUUGAUAGGUAAUAAAGCUAUUGAAGCUAAUCAACUGAUGGAUAAUAAAGAUGAACUAUCAAUCAACAUGAUCGAUCUUAUCGAAGAUCAUCCAAUAAAUGUGAUCACUGACGACGAGGAGACCCUUCCACCUAUGCCAGAUAUGCCAUUGGAACAUGUUGACCCUUCUUCAGUUGUACCAAUACGAGUAGACCAGGGAUUUCUUUCCCGUUACUCUCCCAAUGAGGUGGUGUUGGCGAAAAGGUUUAAUUCGUAUUUCUGGCCAGCAAAAAUUAUUGAAGUCUAUAGUGAUAAAAUGUAUGUUACAUUUUUUCCUUUAUCAGAAGAAAUGGAGAAAGAGGAAGUCUCAUCGAAAGAAGAUGUCAAAGCUUUUACGGACGAAGAAAUCGAAGCCGCUGGUGCCUCUCUAUGUCUAGGUUUAUCACAAGUUGCCUUUGAAAACGCAGUGAAAUUUGCUUCAGCAGAAUUGAAUUGAAUACAUUCUCGUUAAUUUAUGCAUGCAAUUAAUCAUUUUAUGAUAAUUGACAUCCAGACGGUCAGAAUUUUCGAUUUGCUAAAGUGAUACUUUUACGGAAUUUUCAUUUUUAUGUCUGAAAAAGAUCAAUAAUUUUUUUUUUACAUUCAAUCGGGUACAAAACGGAGAAUCGAUUAACAAAAUACUCAUUAAAAUGUAUACUUUAAAUAACCACGGCAUUUUCUUAUGCAACAGCUAGAAACGUAUGACAGAGUAACGAAUUUGAAUCGGAGCUGCAACAAAGUUAGGACGAUCAUAAAUAAAA